CCUCCCAUUCAUAAAAAAGCCAUUUUCCCAAGUAGUUGCAACAUCGUACCAAAAAGCCCGUGUCCCUACUGCAGUGCUGUUCGUGUCGAUUGUGAUAAAGGAUUUUUCUUCUGGGUGGUUUUUUAUCUGGAACGUCUAUUUUGGAAUAUACAUGAUACCAAUCACAAAAAAUAAGGAAAUGCGUUGUUUUUCAGAACAAGGCUGCUAGACUCCGGGCUCCUCUCUCUCUCAGAGUGAUUUAUGAAGGAGGACGCGGCGGACCCGAAAAUGGAGUCCAGGGUCCCCCACCACAUCCCCGGCGUCCCCUCGGCCGUCCUGGGGCAGCCCCUGCUGGACAGCCGGGUCCCGUACGGGCGCCUGCAGCACCCGCUCGCCAUCUUCCCCAUCGACCAGAUGAGGUCGUCCCACGCGGAGAACGACUACAUCGACAGCCCCGCCGUGGUGUCCCAGCAGCCCCACAGCCAGAAGGCGGCCCGGGGGGGUCCCCACGAGGCCCUGCUGGGGGGGUCCCCGCACCCGAACCCGCACCCGCACCCCCACCCGAUGCGCUGCGACCCGCACGACGUCACCACGCACCCCUGGAUCUCCUUCAGCGGCAGGCCCAGCUCCGUCAGCAGCAGCAGCAGCACCUCCUCCGACCAGCGGCUGCUGGACCACGCCGCCCCCACCCCCGUGGUGGACCCCGGCCUGGCCAGGACCCCCCCGGCGGCGGCCGAGCUCCUGGGCUCCAAGCCCCCGCCCCCCCUCCUGAAGGCGUCGGCCGACCCCCCGGCGGCGGCGUCGGCGGCGGCGGCGUCGGCGGCGGCGGCGUCGGCGGCGGCGGCGGCGGCGGUGGGGAAGAAGCACGCGCUGCUGUGCGAGGACUGCGGGAAGUGCAAGUGCACGGAGUGCACCCUGCCCCGGACGCUGCCCUCCUGCUGGGUGUGCAACCAGGAGUGCCUGUGCUCGGCCCAGAGCCUGGUGGACUCGGCCACCUGCAUGUGCCUGGUGAAGGGCGUGUUCUACCACUGCACCAACGAGGAGGACGAGGAGGGCUCCUGCGCCGACCGGCCCUGCUCCUGCUCGCAGGCCAACUGCUGCGCCCGCUGGACCUUCAUGACGGCGCUGGCGCUGGUGCUGCCCUGCCUGGUGUGCUACCUGCCCGCCACGGGCUGCGCCAAGCUCUCGCAGCGCUGCUACGACUGCGCCAGCCGGCCCGGCUGCCGCUGCAGGAACUCGCCCCCCUGCAAGGGCGGCGGCGGCGGCGGCGGUGGGGGGGGCGGGGGCGCCGAGGGCAAGGCCGGUGGGGGGGCGGUGCCGGGGAAGCAGCCGUCCUGAUGCCCUCCUCGCCCCCACAAACCCAAACCCAGACCUAGCCCGCCCCUCCACCCACGGCCGUACCGCCUGGUUUAGCUCUUUCGCUUUAUUGGCUCUCUGGAGAAGG